AGAAGUGAAGUAAACAACAAGAAAAUAUGAUCUAAGAGUGUUGAGGAUGUUAAUCUGAAAUUAAUUACUGAAGAACGGCAAUUACAGAUGUCUUCUUAUAGAAAGAGAAUUUUGGAGAGGGAGAAAAAGGAAGAAUCGUCAGAUGAAGAGGAUGACUACGUACCCUAUGUUCCUCUAAAGCAAAGGAAGAAAGAGAAGAUAACUGAUGCAGAGAAAAGGUUGGGUCGUGUCAAAACACUAAAAGAAGAGAGCCAGAAGGAUAGCACUAAUGAAGAAUCCGAAGGUCAGCUGGAAGAGGAAGGAGAAAGGAAUGAUGGGGAACAAGAUCCAGGGAUCCUCUCAAAAGUCAGCUUACUGGAUCAGCAUAGCGAACUCAAGAAAAAGGCUGAGGCUAAGAAAGAAACAGCCAAGGAAAAAAUGUUGAAAGAAGAGGAAAGGAUUUUGGAGAGUGUGGCAGAAAAGAAAGCUUUAAUGGGUGUGGCGGAGUUAGCCAAGGGAAUUCAGUAUUAUCAUCCGAUUAAGACUGGGUGGCGACCACCCAGAUGUAUACUGAAGCUCCCAGAGUCAUACCAUGAGAAGGUGAGGAAGAAACGUCACAUCCUGGUUGAGGGAGAGGACCUCCCCCCUCCCAUCAAAACCUUUAAAGAGAUGAAGUUCCCCAAAGCAAUCCUCUCAGGACUGAAGAAGAAGGGGAUCAUUACCCCCACUCCUAUCCAGAUACAGGGUCUCCCCACCGUAUUACUGGGUCGUGACAUGAUUGGAAUUGCUUUCACUGGUUCUGGUAAAACUCUGGUGUUCACAUUACCUAUUGUAAUGUUUGCUUUGGAGCAGGAGAAAAAAUUACCCUUUAUCAAAAAUGAGGGACCAUAUGGGCUGUGCAUCUGCCCGUCGCGUGAGUUGGCGAGACAGACCAAUGAGAUUAUAGAGUACUACUUCAAAUGUCUGGCUGAUGAUGGCUUCCCUCAGCUGAGAAGUGUUUUGUGUAUUGGAGGAAUGUCUGUUAAAGACCAGAUGGAAGCCAUCAAAAGGGGUGUUCACAUCAUGGUGGCUACUCCUGGGCGCUUGAUGGACAUGCUGGAUAAAAAAAUGGUUACCUUGGAUAUCUGUCGUUACCUAGCAAUGGAUGAAGCUGACAGGAUGAUUGACAUGGGAUUUGAGGAAGACAUCAGAACCAUCUUCUCUUAUUUCAAGGGGCAAAGACAAACUCUGUUAUUCUCAGCUACAAUGCCAAAGAAGAUCCAGAACUUUGCCCGCAGUGCCUUGGUGAAACCUGUGACCAUUAAUGUGGGAAGAGCGGGAGCUGCCAGCCUGGACAUCACACAGGAAGUAGAAUACGUCAAACAGGAAGCUAAGAUGGUGUACAUUCUGGAAUGUCUGCAGAAGACUCCUCCUCCAGUGUUAAUAUUUGCUGAGAAGAAACAAGACGUUGAUGCUAUACAUGAAUACCUGCUACUGAAAGGUGUAGAGGCUGUGGCCAUCCACGGUGGAAAAGAUCAGGAGGACAGAACCAGAUCAGUGAACCAGUUUAGGAGUCGUGAGAAGGAUGUGCUGGUGGCGACUGAUGUAGCCUCUAAAGGACUAGAUUUCCCAGAUAUCCAGCAUGUCAUUAAUUAUGACAUGCCAGAGGACAUUGAGAAUUAUGUCCAUAGAAUUGGUAGAACUGGUCGCUGUGGAAACAGGGGAACAGCUACAACAUUCAUCAACAAAGGAGUUGAGGAGUCCAUCUUACUGGAUUUAAAACAUUUGCUAAGAGAAGCAAAGCAAAAGAUACCCCCCUUUCUGGCCAACAUGCAGUCAGAAAAUGAAAAGUACCUGGACAUUGGAGGAGAGGUUGGUUGUUUAUACUGUGGUGGAUUGGGACAUCGUAUUGCAGACUGUCCUAAACUGGAGGCUAUCCAGACUAAACAAGCCCAGAACAUUGGUCGCCGUGACUACCUGGCUCACAGUAGUGCCGAUUACUAAACAUAGUAAAGGAUUGCUACCAUAUUUUUAAUGAAGGACUAGUUCUUUAAGAAGCAGGAUAACAGAUGCAAUCUUCAUGUAAAGAAGCAAAUCUAGUAGAGAGUUCAUAGAACCUACAUAAAAAAAAACAACAAAGGAUUCCAAGGUUCUACAG